AUGAGCUCGAGCCACACGCGGGAGAACGGCCCGUCCCAAUCCACCGACGGCACACGCGCCUCUGCAGUGCACAUGCCGGAAUCUGUAAAAGCCAGGAAAAUGCAAAUUUACAGUAGAUCCUCCAGUAGGGCCCAGCCGAAAGUUCGAGACUGCGACGGAUGGGAUGUCGAGGAUGACGACCCAGAGUCCUCACGUGGCGCAGAAAAGGCGAAACCUAAAAGAUCGGAUGAAGAUCAGCGGUCCAGUGGUAAAACGCGGGAAGAGGACCUACCACUCAUUGUAGAGAAACUGAAGACCAACACAAAGAUGCUUAUCAAGAACAUCACCAGGCAAAACGACGUGAUCACGAAUCAGCUUGAAACUAUCAAUAAGCAAAACGAGAAAAUUAAGAGCCUGGAAGAGCGACUCGAGAAGCUGGAGAGCAGGCUGUCGGAGAAAGAGCAGGAGGAGAAGCGGGUACAGUUUGCAGGCCUCGAUAUAAAGAGAGAAGAAGAGAAGGAGGAUGAGGCCCUUUUUAAAAAGAAGGUGCUGGGCGUGGUUAGCAAGGAGCUAGAGCACGUAGAAUAUGUAUGCCACAUUGUCGAGGCUAUUCAGACGCUGGAUGCAGAGCUGGAUGAGGUUCGGAAGUUUAUCCGCCAGGCGUUCAGCUAG